AUGAAUGUUCUGUUUCAGGCUCUUGCUGCAGAGAUUUCUCAAGCUACAAACACUCUCCACAAAGUUCCACCAAAGGUUCCUCCGAAGCCUGCGCAUCUAAAAGCGUCGUCGACAUGCGUUUCCCCGCCUCCAUUUGUCUCCGUAACGUCUUCGGACACGAAUUCGAUCGGACAUUCCUUGUCCAAUGGUAGCGUGGCGAGCAACGUUUCAUCAGAAGUAGAAAACCGGUCAUACUCUGAUAAGGAAAAUGCCGCUGCUGCUGCCACGAUCAUUCAAGCGGAUAAACCUAAAGCUAUCACUGAGCAGGAACCUGUUCGAGUUCGGUCACAACCGAAAGAAAAAAUGACGGAUGCCCAGGUGUUAGAAGAACUUCGACAAAUUGUCAAUCAAGGAGAUCCUCUUCAGAAAUACGAGAUUAAACGUCAGAUCGGUCUAGGCGAAAUAGUUUUUCAGAAGGAAAAUGCCGCUGCUGCUGCCACGAUCAUUCAAGCGGAUAAACCUAAAGCUAUCACUGAGCAGGAACCUGUUCGAGUUCGGUCACAACCGAAAGAAAAAAUGACGGAUGCCCAGGUGUUAGAAGAACUUCGACAAAUUGUCAAUCAAGGAGAUCCUCUUCAGAAAUACGAGAUAAACUCAGAUAUCGUCUAG